AGAGCGCGUGGGGCCGUGUGCAAACCGCGUGUGGCGCAGCCAGAAGGGACCCGGGAGCGGGCGGCCAGAGCCGGGGCGAGCGAGCGAGCGGGGCCUACGGUCGGGCGGCUGCCGCGGCUGGGUCGAGGGUCCGCAGGCAGGUAAUCUGCAGCCAUGAGCAGCAACGAAUGCUUCAAAUGUGGCCGUACCGGCCACUGGGCUCGGGAGUGCCCUACUGGAAUUGGCCGUGGUCGUGGGAUGAGAAGCCGUGGCAGAGCAGGCUUCCAGUUCAUGUCUUCAUCUCUCCCGGACAUUUGUUACCGCUGUGGUGAGUCUGGCCAUCUUGCCAAGGACUGUGAUCUUCAGGAGGAUGAAGCCUGCUAUAACUGCGGUAGAGGUGGCCAUAUUGCGAAGGACUGCAAGGAGCCGAAGAGGGAGAGAGAGCAGUGCUGCUACAACUGUGGCAAACCUGGCCAUCUGGCUCGUGACUGUGACCAUGCAGAUGAGCAGAAGUGCUAUUCUUGUGGAGAGUUUGGACACAUUCAAAAAGACUGCACCAAAGUGAAAUGCUAUAGGUGUGGUGAAACUGGCCAUGUAGCCAUCAACUGCAGCAAGACCAGUGAAGUCAACUGCUAUCGCUGCGGCGAGUCAGGGCACCUUGCACGGGAAUGCACAAUUGAAGCUACAGCCUAAUUAUUUUCCUUUGUCGCCCCUCCUUUUUCUGAUUGAUGGUUGUAUUAUUUUUCUCUGAAUCCUCUUCACUGGCCAAAGGUUGGCAGAUAGAGGCUACUCCCAGGCCAGUGAGCUUUACUUGCCGUGUAAAAGGAGGAAAGGGGUGGAAAAAUCAACUUUCUGCAUUUAACUACAAAAAAUGUUUAUGUUUAGUUUGGUAGAGGUGUUAUGUAUAAUGCUUUGUUAAAGAACCCCCUUUCCGUGCCACUGGUGAAUAGGGAUUGAUGAGUGGGAAGAGUUGAGUCAGACCAGCAAAACCCUCUCUGGGUUACAUGGAAGUGAUCCUAUGCAGGAGGAAAGAAAUUCUGGAAGUGUCUAAACUUCCUCAUAACUUUAAUUUUAUUACAAUGGCCUUGGAUUGUCUGACCUCAGUAGCUGUUAACACCAAGUAAUAUCUGUAUCAGGCCCUACCUAGAGCAUAUAGCUGAGUGGGAGUAAAUAAACAAGAUGCACAUGCCUGUUAAUGGCCAUGAGAGAGAGAGAGAAAUCAGGAAUAAACUUAAAAGUAACAGUAAUUCAGUCAGUGAAUGUUCAUGUUGGAGAUACAGAACGUAAUGGGAAGCUUUUGAAUAAAUACUUCAAAGUAAAUCUGAAACCCAGACAUCAGUGCUCAUAGCAUAUACAAUUUGGAGCUAUUCAGGAGUUGCAAAUAAAUGCAUUUUCACAGAAAUCAAGAUGUUAUUUUUGUAUACUAUAUCACUUAGACAACUGAGUUUCAUUUGCUUGUAAUCAGUUUUUAAAGUAAGAUGGUAAAAGCAAUUGAAGUCCUAGAACAUAGAAAAUGUAAUUUUAAACUAUCAAUAAAGCUGGAGGAGGAAGGGGAGUUUGGCUAAAGUUCCUUUUGUUUAUUUUUGGUUUUCAUGUACACAGUGCAAAAUAACAUUAAAAAGGGGUAUGUGGAGGUGUAAA